AUGUUAUUAAACAGAGCUAAAACAGUGAUAAAAACAUUAAAAAGAACUUCAUUAAUAAGUCCUGUGAGAAAUAAAGCGGCAUAUGAAGGGGAUGGCAGAACAACAGUUCGCGUUAUUAAUCAAGAGCAGGAAUUAGGACUGAUGAUAGACUCAUAUGCUACUUAUGGCUUUAGACUAAAUAAUGGAGUAACAGUAUUAGGACCAAUGGCAAUAUUUCCUAGGACAGUGUUGUCGUGGCAGGUGCGUGGCUCUUUUGAGGUAACUGAUAGUUCUCUUCGCUUCUUCAAGAUUCUCGAACCGAAAAUUGAUUUGCUGGUGGUAGGUCUGGAGACGAACGAACGGAGCGCCGUGGACAUAGUGUUCCGGGCCGCGCGCGCCAACUCGCUCAACGUGGAGAUACUGCCCACCGAGUCCGCCUGUUCCACCUUCAACUUCCUCAAUGCGGAGGGCAGGUCCCUGGCGGGUGCGCUCAUCCCGCCGCUCACCGUGACGGCGAACGAGGACGACAUGCUCCAGUCCCAGUUGCACUACCGCAACCUCUACCGCCGCGAAAUG